AGACCAUAAGAAACUUUACUCCUAAACCACAACUCCAUACCACUUUCUGACUUAAACACGAUUGGAUAUACAACUCGAUCGACCGACAUCCAGAGAACUUUUUUUUUUCAGGAUACUUUUAGAAAAAAAAAAAUCUCAAUAAUAUGGGAAAAGAAAAUAUCAGUUUUUUGACAGUUUGGAUAAUUUUGGGAAAAAUCUUUGCAACUUUUUCUUUUGACCCUGAAGCCAACACCACCAUCAGUGUGUUUGCAAACACCACAGUCACCGCUACUCCCCUGCCGACCACUACUGAAUGGAUCACAGACUACUCUGACAUUGUGACCAAGUUUUCCUUGCGCACAGUGGACAUCCCUGAUGAUGACAUGUGUCACAUUGUUCCCGGCAGCCCUGAAACCAUUAAACAGUGUGAAUUCAACUCGGAAACACAGACCUUCAUUGUGAUUCAUGGCUGGACGGUAACAGGGAUGUUUGAAAGCUGGGUGCCCAAGUUGGUGUCUGCCCUCUAUGAGCGUGUGCCGACUGCCAAUGUGAUCGUGGUGGACUGGCUGACUCGUGCCAACCAGCACUACCCAACAUCUGCAGCCUACACCAAACUAGUGGGCCGCGACGUCGCCAAGUUUGUUCACUGGCUACAAAACGAGCUGCAGUUGCCAUGGGAGAGGAUUCAUCUGCUGGGUUACAGUUUGGGAGCACAUGUGGCUGGAAUUGCCGGAGACCUCACCGGCCAUAAAAUCAGCAGGAUCACAGGUCUGGAUCCUGCUGGUCCCACCUUUGAGCAUGCAGACAACCAGAACACCUUGUCCCGAGAUGACGCCCAGUUUGUUGAUGUCCUGCACACCAACACCAGAGGCUCCCCGGACCGCAGCAUCGGCAUUCAGAGAGCCGUGGGUCACAUCGAUAUUUACCCCAAUGGAGGCACUUUCCAGCCGGGCUGUGACAUCCACAAUACAUUGCUGGGGAUCGCAUUAGAAGGCAUCAAGGGCCUCCAAAAUAUGGACCAGCUCGUCAAAUGUUCCCACGAGCGCUCCAUCCACCUGUUCAUCGACUCUCUGCUGAACAUCCAGCAGCAGAGUAUGGCAUACCGCUGCAACUCCAAAGAGGCUUUCAACAAGGGUCUGUGCCUCAGCUGCAGAAAGAACCGCUGCAACAAGAUUGGCUACAACAUCAACAAGGUCCGAAUGACCCGCAGUCCCAAGAUGUACCUCAAGACCCGGGAAUUGAUGCCUUACAAAGUUUUUCAUUAUCAAGUGAAGGUGCAUGUCUUCGCUAAGAGCAAACUGAGCUUCACAGAGCAGCCGAUGAAGAUUUCUCUGUAUGGAACCCACGGAGAGAAGGAGGAUAUUCCUUUCGUCCUAUCUGUCCUGGACACUAACACGACUAUAUCCUUCCUCAUCACCACUGAUGUUGACAUUGGAGACUUGAUGAUCGUGAAGCUGCGCUGGGAGAAGGACGCACUCAUCAGCUGGUCAGACUGGUGGGGCAGCAGCCAGUUUCACAUCCGCAAACUGCGCAUCAAGUCUGGGGAGACUCAGUCCAAGGUGAUCUUCAGCGCAAAAGAAGGAGAGUUUGUCUAUCUUGUGAGGGGAGGAGAAGAUGGAGUCUUUGUCAAGUCAAAAGAAGACCGUAAAGAAAAAUUGAGGCACAAGCGGAAAAUGCAGGGCAGUUCUUUUGGGCAGAAUGAAGCUUGAAGUUGCACUUGAACACACACAUGUGCAUCAUCCAUCUGUACAUACAUAACCAAAGAGACAGCUCACAACACCACACUGGGAAAAGCCUUUGCAAGUAACUGGACGUAUACUGAAUCCUGUUCCGAAUUCCUACCUGUUGUGCUUCAUGACUUCAACUCCCAGUGCCAACCAACACAACCUCAUCCACAGUGCUGGAAAUAAAUCUGAUGAGCUCUCUCCUGUUUCUGCGUAAAUUCUGCUGCUGAAAAAUGUUACAUUCAACAAAUUUACCCUUUCAGUAGCUCUUGUUGCAUAUCUUUGUAAUCAUUUGUUUAUUCUUUUGUAACCUAUAUGUACUGUUUAUACUGAUUUUGAUGUAUUUUGAACUGGUAUGUUUUCUUUGCCUAUGUGAACUUGGAUUAUAGUAAAUGUAUACAUGAUUCAGAGUGAUAGGCAUAAUUUAGGCACACUGUCUUGUUUUUUUUAAUGUGCCAAAUUAUCACAUUGUCCCUAAUGUUUGUCUUUAACUAACCACUAAUUACCAACAAUCAACAGGGACCAAAGACAUAUUUACUAUCUACUGAACAGAGAAUCACAGCAGUCUUUGUAAAUAACUUUUUUAAUCAGUAUUAUAUAUAUAUUUUUCGAA